CAUGUUUUUUCUAGAGCCAGUGGAUCUGCAUCGCCUUGUCGUGCCUGAUCGUCGCCUUGGUCCUGACGAUGGUCUUGUACUUCUGGCGAUGCUGCUGUUGUGGGUCAGAGAGGGUGAGGAUGAUGAAGGCCCGAGGAGGAACUUACAGAUGCCGAGGACUAUGUUCGAUAACAACCCAAAAAGGUAUUUUUUAUGUUUUUUUUUUUGUUUAUUAUUUAGAGCAGGACAAUCAAGUUUGCCCCAGGGAGAAAAACAGCAUAGCUGUGCCAUCCGAAUCCAUCCACUGCUUCAGUCGUCAGAAAACGUCUGUCAGGGUCACCCACUACAGGUGCGUAUGCGGCUUGACCAAAUCAAAGGCGUCCAAAUUGAGCCGAUCCAGCCCGAGAUCCUCCACUACAGGGUAUUCGAGCCCAUCAUCCUCCGUGGAGGAGGCUUUGAAUU